GUUGGCCCGGACGUGGCAGUUAGUCGGCUGUAGUCCUGAGUGGAAACCUCGGCAUCCAGAUUACUGGAGUAUUAGAUUAUUCUUUUUCAGGGGCUGAUAUCAGUUUUUUUCUUUCGUGGUUUCAAACAUCCGCGACCAGUAAUGGGGCUUACUAUCUCGAAUGUAUUUAACCGUCUUUUUGGCAAAAAACAGAUGAGGAUUUUGAUGGUUGGGCUGGAUGCUGCAGGAAAAACGACUAUCUUGUACAAACUGAAGCUUGGUGAAAUUGUGACCACCAUCCCAACCAUUGGUUUCAACGUGGAGACAGUAGAGUAUAAAAAUAUCAGUUUCACCGUGUGGGAUGUGGGUGGCCAGGACAAGAUCAGGCCCCUCUGGAGACAUUACUUUCAGAAUACACAGGGCCUCAUCUUUGUAGUAGACAGUAACGACAGAGAGAGAGUGAGAGAGGCUGCCGAGGAGCUUUCAAAGAUGCUGAGUGAGGAUGAGUUGAGAGAUGCCGUUCUUCUGGUGUUUGCAAACAAGCAAGACCUUCCCAAUGCCCAGAGUGUAUCUGAAGUCACAGAGAAACUUGCUCUUAACAACCUUCGCAACAGGACUUGGUAUGUUCAGGCAACCUGCGCCACCGCGGGAAACGGACUGUAUGAAGGACUGGACUGGCUUUCUAAUGAAUUAUCGAAAAACUGACGAGGAACGACCUGACAAAGGAGAGAGAGAGAGAGACUGAAUGGCACAGGACAGAUGAGAAGAGACAGACGUGAUCCAGGAACACACAGCUUUCUUCCACCAGUGUUCACAGAAAAGUCAAGACUGGUGGACAAUAUAUUUACCUUUGGGGAAAAUUUUAAUUUCUUAUAUAUUUUUCUUUUUCAAAUCAAUUUCUUACUGUGUUAUCUCUGCCCCUGUUUUUUGCAUGAUGAGCAAAUGGCCUGUUUGGGAGAUAUCCUGCAAACAUUGAAUUAAAUAUUAUCAUCUUC